UCGUUUUUGUUUCCCUCAGCUGCAGACGACUGGACAGUUGCAAUUGUGAAGUGCUGUUUUCACUAAGUUUAUUUUACCAAAAUCAACGGUUAAUAUGGCUUCGGUGGCGGCACGUUCGUUUGUUUUUAGACAACAAAUGAAUACCCGUCGGUUUGAUUUUGCAUCCUGCCUUAACAUAAAAUCAUUUUAUAGUUCCUACUCAGCAAACCCAAAAGAAAAAUCUCCAGAAAAUUAUACACAGUACCACGAAGUUUCAUCCGACAACUGGAAAUUUGUGGAACGAUUGAAACCUCCCACUGUUGUCCCAUCUUUUCCUAAAAAUGGAAGUUGUUUCUCUGAUUGGACCCCACCACCAGAUACACCACCUAAUUUACCAUAUUUUGUGAAAAGAACAAAGAAUUUCAUGGUUCCUGUCUACUUGAACUUUGAAGCAGUGAGAAACCAAAGAAAAAUCACUAUGGUUAAGCAUAUAGAAGGAGACAUAUGGGCUCUGGAAAAAGCCAUCAAGUCCCACCUGGAAGAAGUAACAAAAAGACAAGUUGUUUCUCAAGUGCAUGAGGUUGCCAUGUACAUUAAGUUUAGAGGAGAUUAUGUUCUUCACGUCAAAAAGUGGUUAUUAAAUGCUGGUUUUUGAAUAGCAACUGAAAAGGUAAAAUACAUGUAUUAGUUACAAA